AUGUUACUCCUAGAAGAUGGCGUUGUUGGGUCUGACGGAGUCGAGAGAAAGGUUGAUACUGUCUAUUGUGCCACCGCAUUCGAUGCCACCUCCUGUCCAGCUUUCCAUCUUAUUGGAAAAAGCGAAGCCGACCUCUCUGCCAAAUGGGCCAAGGCACCAGAAUGCUACAUGGGCCUGACCAUCCCCGACUUCCCCAACCUAAUCACCUUCAAUGGACCAACAUGA